AUGCCAAUUGAUCAAACUUACUAACUAGUGAAGGUGUAGACAUCAAUGGUAGGAGUGAGUUGUCUAGAUAUAGGUUUCACCACAGCCUCUAGAUUUGUGAGCUAGAUCUUGCAGAGAUGGUUGGACAUGAUUCGAUAAGGCGUCACUUUAAGCUAUGGUGCAAGAGAGAGGUGGACCUGUGAGAAGAGUUUAAACUCUCAUCAUUGCCACUGGCAAUUUCAUCAUUGCUUGAUGAUAGUGGGUCCACGAAUUCAUUCAACUUGUUGCCAUACUGCAAGAGGUCCUCACUCUCAAAGACCAAACUCUUGUUGA